UGAACAUGAAAGUGACGAGGAAGAUACAAACGCUGAAGAACAGGAAUUUGAUGAAUUCUUAAAUGAUCACGGUGAAAAAAACGAAUCGCACGAAAGAGACGAUGAAUUUUCGGACGACACAAUUAUUGCAGAUUUCGAUAAAUCUUCAGAUGAUAUGGAUCAUGUAGAUUUUGAUAAACCUUCAGAAAGUGAUAAAGAUGAUGCUCAAGAUUCUACACACAAGAACAAACGUUCAUUGAAAGAAGAUGUCGCUGAGCAUAAAAAACAACUUGAUUUGCUAAAGGAAAAGGAUUCCGAAUUUUACAAGUAUCUCCAAGAGAAUGAUUCUGAAUUACUGAAUUUUGAUAUAACUGACGACAGUGGAAGUGAGGAUGAAGAUAACGAAGGGAACGAUACCUUGAAAGAAGCAGGUCUGGAUGAUGACACUGGAACUCCAACUUUAACUGUGGAGAUGAUUACCCAGUGGCAAGAAUCCGUUGUCAAGACUAAUUCUUUGAAGUCACUUCAACGAUUACUAUUGGCUUUUCGUGCUGCUGCUCAUAUCAAUGAUGAUGAUGAUGAAAAACCAUUUGCAUUUAAAAUUACCGAUCCCACAGUGUUCAAUAAUUUGAUCGUGGUUUGCCUGAAGAGCGUCACAGAAGUUUUUGACCAUCAUCUGAAGGUGAAAAAUCAAGAAGUCUCUAAAAAGAAUCUUUUGUGUACGCGUCGAAAAUGGAAGACUGUUGAACCUCUUGUGAAAUCCUAUUUAAGUAAUCUCCUUUACAUGCUUAAGCAAGUCACGGAAGACAAUAUGAUUUACUUCAUUGUGAAAGAAUCGGAAAAGGCGAUUCCUUACUAUGCAUGUAAUCCAAAAUUAGCCAAACAUUAUUUAAAGCAAUUACUUGAAAUUUGGGGGACUGCAGAAGACAAGACUCGAAUAAUUGCGUUCCUCAACAUUCGAAAGCUCGCGUCUACCGCGCCGCCCCCGUUUAUUGAUUUUUGCCUAAAGGGAAUCUAUACAACAUUUGUCCGAUACUGUAAAGAUACCACCACCUUCACCAUACCAUCUAUUAAUUUAAUGAGUAAUUGCGCAGUUGAAAUAUAUGGUAUUGAUCUUAAGAGUUCAUAUCAAUCUGCGUUUGGUUACAUUAGACAAUUGGCCAUUCAUUUAAGAAAUUCUAGUAAUAACAAGAAUGAGGAAACUUUCAACGCGGUGUAUAAUUGGCAGUACGUUCACUGUAUCGAGUAUUGGUCAAAGGUAUUGGCGGCUUAUUGCGAUCAACAGCGCGUGGAAGUUACUGGUGAAAAUUCACUAAGAGAGUUGAUUUAUCCAUUGGUUCAAGUCACUACUGGUGUAAUGAGAUUGAAUCCAGCAGCACAAUACUUUCCUUUUCAAUUUCAUUGUAUCCGCUCUUUAAUCCAUCUAAUUCAAAAGACCGGAACAUUUAUUCCCUUGGCACCUUAUUUAUUUGAUGUUUUACACUCCUCAGAAGUGCGACGAAAGCCUAAACCAUCCACGUUGAAGCCACUAGAUUUUACGUCAAUAAUAAAAGCACCCAAAAGCUAUCUACAUACUCGAAUAUAUCAGGACGGUAUCUGCGAAGAACUUUUAGAGCUCUUGUUCGAGUAUUAUUCGUGUUUUUGUUUGUCGAUUGCAUUUCCCGAAUUAGUGAUUCCGCCUAUAAUUCAGAUAAAACGACACAUCAAAAAUUCCAAAAAUCUUAAAAUCAACAAACAACUUCAACAAUUAGUUGAAAAGUUGGAACAAAACUCAAAAUAUAUUGAACAACACCGGUCACAAACCGAAAUUAGUCCUAAUAAUCAUGCCCAAGUGAAAUCGUUUUUGCGGAAUGUGGAUCCUGGCGAAACACCCCUAGGGGCAUACGUUAUAUCGAGCAGAAAGUUGAGGGAGCAAAGAAAAAAAUUGUUAGAUUUG